UUACAACUCUGUGUUUUGACAUAAAUAUCAAUAAAUAUGGCAAUCAUCGCUCUGUCAUCACAUGACUGAUUCAAGAUCAUAUGAAUACGAAGAAAUUUUCAUUGUUGGGACCGUGUAGAUCGACGUCGUUUUUUUUUUCUUAUGGGACAGAAGUUUUUCAGUUCCUAAAUACUCAUUAAAUUUUGUGGGAAUAUCGGAGUUGUCGGGAAAAGAGGAAACUAAAGAGAAAAGAACGACAUGAUGAAGUAUGUGGCUGCGCUUUUGUGUCUUUUGAGUUUGGCAUUAGCUGAACAAGCACCCGUGUUUCUGUGGGGCGUCAACAGUGAGGCUAAGCCUGCCUUGACAACUGUACCCAAAUCGGAAUUUGCUGACAUUAUUUCUUCGCAGAAAAAAGAUAACACAUUGAUAGUGUUUCUCGAAAAUGGCUUAACCACCAAAGAUUUUUCGUGCACCAACGAACUUACAUCGAAAUCUUGCUAUGCCCAUUUGCAAGAAGUUCCCGAAAAAAAUUUCUACUCUUCAGUGGAAGACCCAGUUGACGCAUUGAAAUCGAUUGGAGAAUAUGAAUACAAUUCGGUCGAUUCCACGGGAAAACUGAGCAACAAUUUCGAUUUGAACGAUGGAAAAAUAGUUUUUGUAACUUUUGAUGAUUCAUCAGAUUCGAGCCGUGCUGCUUGCUUGGAAUCUCAUGAUUCGAUCAUUACAUCGAUUUCCAAACAGCUUAAUGGUAAAGCUAUUUUCAUGUACACGACUGCCCCACAAACAUCCCCAGUAGCUUUGAAGCGUGAACGUCGCGAUGCCACCGAUAGCAAUGGUGUUGUCUUCCAAAGCGGUGCCGAUUUGUUACUGUAUUACACCUCACUUACCGUAGUAAACAGCAAAGACCAGAGUACUACCACUUUGACGCCCACUUCAAUGACUGUGACCAAAACGAAUGCAACAGCAUUGUCAGUGACCUUAACAUCUACCCCAUCAUUGACUUUCGACGUGACCCUAUCUGGUGGAUAUUUCUUUAUGACUAAUGUCAAAUGGGAUAAUAUCUUGUUCCGUAGUAACGACGUCUAUGCCCCCACUGACUUCUCUUACUACUGUGGAAAUUUAACUCUCAAUGGAAAAGGCACCGCUGAAGAACCCAGUACAUACUCGUUGCAUUGGAAUUCAUUACAGUUCCAAGCACCUUUCGGAAGCACCACAGAUGAGAAAUUUGUCUUUGGAGACGCCUGGCACUGUGUUGGUUUCUUCACCGGAGGGAUCUUAUCAGGUCUAUUGAUUGUAGCUUUGCUCUUAACAAUUACGUUUGUGGGUGUUUGCUGGAUGAUGGAUAUCAACACCAUGGACAGGUUUGAUGAUCCCAAAGGAAAAACCAUCACAAUUAAUGCCAGCGAGUAAGGCAUAUAAGAGUGCCCACAUAUGUUUUAAUUCAUUCCCUAAUCCACAUUUUCCUUCUUUACCCUAUCUAAAAUUGUAUAAAAACGUUAUUGAGUGUGUGUGUUUUUGUUUGCGACAGUAUCUUUGCAUUUAAAUUUGUCCAGCAUCCUUAAUUUAAAUGCAGACAAAUUGUCGCAUUUAAUAAAACAUUUAGUAAAAUGAUGUCAGGUUUAUUCGGAAGGUUUGGCGGUGGUUAGUUGUGAAAAAGCGCCAAUCUCUUUCUAAUGAGUAUUUCGAAAAUUGUCUAUUUGUUGUAUUAUUUUUAUUAUUAGAAUUGUUAAGCUAACAAAUAAAGAAUGGUUGUUCGACUA